AUGGCUCCUUAUGUGACGGAAUUUGAUUUGUACGAACCUCAAUCCGCAGACGACCGAGAACUUCCCAUUCAGAAAAUCGCUGUCGUGGGUAGCGGAAGCUGGGGAACUGCCUUAGGUCGUAUUGCUGCUCUGAAUGCUGCAGAGAAAAAAGGUUUCGAUCACGAAGUUCGCAUGUGGGUUCGCGAGCGAGAGAUACCCGGACAAGGACUAUUGACCGAUGUUAUCAAUUCCACUCAUGUCAACCACCGCUAUCUUCCGGAUGUUCCCUUACCUCACAACCUCGUAGCUGUAUCAGAGCUUGCAGACGUAGUCAAAGAUGCCACUCUAAUCGUGUUAGUCGUACCUCAUCAGUUCCUUACACCCGUGCUUGAGGAACUCUCGAAACCUGGUGUUUUGACAACCGGUGCACGAGCUAUCUCUGCUAUCAAGGGCGUUGAAGUCGCCGGUUCCGAAAUUUACACCUUUCCCUGGCUCAUUGAGAAGAAGCUUGGUAUACCAUGCUCUGCUUUAGGUGGCGCUAAUAUCGCAAUGGAAGUGGCACAAUCCGAAUUCUGCGAGACCACGAUUGGUGUUCCGUCUAAGGACGAUGCAGCGCUCUGGCACGCAGUCUUCGACUCACCCAUGUUCCGUGUACACCCCAUUGAAGAUGUUGCCGGCGUCAGUCUUAGUGGUGCAUUGAAGAAUGUGGUCGCCCUUGCCGCAGGUUUCGUCGAUGGUAUGGGUUACGGUGGUAAUACUAAAGCUGCCAUUUUAAGAAUCGGUCUUCUAGAGAUGGCUGCAUUCACCAAGGAAUUUUUCCCGUCCUCCUCAUCACUCACUUUCUCACACCACUCUGCCGGUGUAGCUGAUCUUAUUACGACAUCAUUUGGAGGUCGUAACCGCAAGUGCGCCGAGGCGUUUAUCAAAACCGGAAAGACAUUUGCCCAACUUGAACACGAACUCUUGAAGGGACAGAAGCUGCAAGGAGUAGCCACUGCCGAAGAGACAUACCAAUUUUUGCAUGCCCGAGGACGUACGGAAGGCUAUCCUCUUUUCACCAAGGUCUACAAGAUCAGCUUCGAAGGCAUGGACCCCAAAAGCCUCUUUGAUGACCUCUAG